CAGGUUCCAGAAUUUUUCUGAUCUCAAUUCCGACCUUUCUAGAACUAGAACAGAGCGAACUCUAAUUCUUCCCCUUCUCCCCCGCUACAAAACCGCCCAAACCCCAGAUCAAACCAGGUGCGUUUGCAGAGCAAAACCACCACCAAUCACUGCCUCCGAUCCGACUGGAUCAGGUAAUCGAGCCGAGGGAACCCGCGAGAUCGGAUUCUGACGAUGUUCUUCUUCUUCGUGGGGGGCGUGGAGCAGGGCGCGGGGCGGGUGCUGAAGGAGGCGGCGCGGCGGUGCCUCCGCUGCGGCGGCGCGGCCGACCUGGUGGAGACCGAGAAGGUGCUCAAGCUCUUCUUCGUCCCCGUCAAGCGGUGGCCCGGGAAGGACCCCGCCUACCUCUGCCGCGAGUGCGGCCUCCUCGGGCCUGGAUCCCUCGGCGGCGGCGGCGGCGAGGCCGGGACGGGGCCGCCGCUCCUCCCCCGCGACGCGCGGUGCGGCGCGUGCAACCGCGCCGUCGCCGACCCGCAGUUCCGGUUCUGCCCCUUCUGCGGCUCCGCGCUGUGAUCCCGACCGACGCAGCCGGCGAUGGAUUUCUCUUUGACGGAUUUAAUACUGCAGAGUAUCCUCACUCGUCUCAUGGAGGCACGGGAGGUUGAGCGGGAUCCUGACAACAACGACACCCUCGACCGGAGCAACUACUGUUGGAUCUGGCGGCAUGGGCCUCGAGCCCUCUGGACACAUAUAGCCACGAUUGCCUCAGGUGCCUGGAUGAUGAGUUGAUCUGUAGGCAUAUGGUACUACUUGUUCUUUAAUUUAAUUUGUUCUUGAAUGUUCUUAAAUUUGUGAUAAUCAAUUCGGCUGUGAUCCCUCAUGUUUUUUCCUUCUAUUUUUCUUGCAAAGUUGAUUUGGCAUACGAUUUACUUGCAAAUGUUGCAAAUGUGUGUAAACAUAUGAAUUGGGCAUCAAUAUAAAUCAUUUUGACUUUC